AUGUACCUUGGAGAGUAUGCAAUGAAGAGCCUGGACAAAAGGUUUAGAUACACAAAUAGCUACAUACGCGACAUACUGGUCUACAGAUUUCAGAGAAGGCCCAUUUUAAAAUCGCUCAUGGAGGUUGUUUUUAAUGGCAUCUUAAGCAUUUUUCUGCUGGCUAUGGUUGAGUCGUUUAUUUAUUUCUUUUUCGGAUCUCUGCCCAUCUAUGCCUUUUCUUCUGUGUAUUCCAUAAUGCGGCCGUCUUAUAUGAAGCCAUACGACAGAGAGAUAAAGAAACACCUGUAUCUCCUUACUACCUUAUUCUGCAUAACAUCAGAGCUCUUUGUGCAGUGCUGCGUGUUCUAUGCUCUAACAAUGAGCUACUACAAGACGGUGAAAGGAACAACAUUUUUAAACUAUUUUGGCUCAUUCUGUUUCUAUGGCGCGUGCAUAGCCUGUGGCAUAGCUCUGAACUGGCUCUUUAUCGACACGCUCGGAGACCUACUGAGUCUGAUAAAUAUAAAAACACUUGCAGGAAAAAUAGUCCUGAGCUUCAUCAUUGCCUCGAUUGUUUCUGUGCUGGUGGUAGAGUUUAAAGGAGUCUGCAGAAAGAUGAAAGAAAAAGGAAAGUCGUUUUCACUGCUGCUGUACACCGGCCUGAUUAUCACAAGCAUGUCUAUGCUCUUGAUUUGGUUUGGAAUUGACUUUGCCGUUCCAUUUCUCGAAUAUACCCAUGGCUUGUGCAGAGGCGUGCUGAGAGAAGUGCUUAGUUAG